AUGCUUAUUAAAAAUGAAGACAGUGUCAAUAAUCUUUAUGAUUUUACUUGUACUAACCCUAGCUGUAUUUCUUUAUUUCAUUUUAUAAAUUUGGAAAAUAACAAAUUAAAUAAAGAAGUUAAUAAAGAUGGAAAUAAAAACGAAGAUGUUAUAAUAAAUAAUGAAAAUCAAAAGAAAAAUCCUAGCACAGUAGAAUGCAUAAAAAACUUAGAAGAUAAUUCAGAAAAUUAUCUUCUUUCCAUUGAAGAAAAAAGAAGUGUGGAUAAUUUAAAUAGUAAUGAAAAUAUUCCUAAAAAAGUCAGAGAUUUUAUGAAUAGCAAUGAAAAUUUAAAAACUAUGUUUGAUUUAGUUUAUCACGAAUCUUAUAAAUUAAUUUAUGAAGAUACAAAUAUACAUAUAGAACUACCUUCGAUAAUAUAUGAUAAGGAUAAUAAUAAUGACAGUAAUAAUAAUAACAUUGAGAAGAAAAUAAAUAAUGUAAGAAAAAUUGAUGAUUUAAAAGAUUAUUUAAAUAGUAAUUUAAAGUAUUUGAAUUUGAAAAAUGAGGAACAUUUUUUAAAAAACAUUAAUUUGAUUAAUGAAAUAUUGAAUUAUAAUUAUUUUUCUAUAUACAAAAAUAUGUAUAAAUCGGAUAUAAUUUUUGUUCAGAAUCAUGAUAAUUUCUUAUAUCAUAUUCCAAAAAUGAAAAAGGAAUUACAAAAUGAUAAAACUAAGAGUGAUAAAGAAAAUUUUAAUUUAUAUGAGAAAAAUGCAUUUUCAUCUAAUGCAAAUAUUGAUGAGUGUAUUUUGAAUUGUGAUUUCUUACAUAAAGUAAAGUUGUGUAAAGAUGAACAAAAAAAAAGAUGUGAUGAAAUAAAGGUAGAUAAAAAAUUUUCAGAGGAAAAUGACCUAUAUGAAAAAAACAUAUUAAAAAAAAAGAAUGAACAAACUAAAAUAAAAAGUAAAAAUUGUCGUUGUAUAUAUGAAAAAAUAAAAAAUAUUUACUGUAUGCAUAAACCAGGAAUUAAUUAUAAAUAUAUAUAUCCACCAAAUCAUAGACUGGACAAUAUUAAAGAGUUGUAUAUUUCUAAAGCAAAUAUUUUAUUUAAUUCUAAAUUUGAAAGUGCUAAUUUGCAAUAUGCUAUAAAAGAAAAAAAUAAAGAAAUAUAUUCUUUAUUUUUAAAUCAUGAUAUAAGAAUGAACGAAAAAAAAAAUCAGUGGUUUUAUUUUAGUGCUAGUUAUGUUCCAGAUGAAUAUUAUAAAUAUGAAUUAGAUAAAAAAAAAAACAAGCAGAGAAAUAUGAGUGAGUUUUUAAAUGAAAUAAAUAAAGAUAUAUAUAUAGAUAGUAAUAAUAUUAAAUAUUCUGUUGAUUCAUCUGAUAAAUUUUCAGUAUCUAACAUCAAAAAGUUGGAAAAACCAUUUACUGUUCGAUUUAAAAUAGUAAAUAUGUCAAAGCCUUAUUUUUUAUAUAAAGAAGGAUAUUCUCCUUUGGUUUUUUCAGAAUGUAAAAGUAAAUUUGAAAAUAUUCAUUGGGAAAGAUGUGCAUAUAAUGUAAAAUACAUAAAAAAUACAUCAGCAAAAUAUUUUAAUAUAAAAAAAAACUGUUUUGAAAAUAUGAAUUAUAAUACUUAUUCAUUAGAAUUCAAUUAUGACUUUACAUAUUCAUACGAUACUGUAUAUUUUUGUAGCUGUUAUCCCUAUACAUAUUCUUAUUUGAUACAAUAUUUAAAUUCUAUUGAAAAUUAUUUAAAGGAUAAUAAAACUAUUAAUUAUAUAGAAAAAAUACUAUGUAAAACUAGCUGUGGUUUUAAAUGCCCAAUCAUAGCUAUAACAAAUUAUGAUCAUAUAAAUACUCAGGAAAAUAAAUCAAAAGAAAAUCAAAAAGAUUCAGAUGAAAUAAAUGAUAUAACUAAUGAAAAGUUUGACAAAAAUAUUGAAGAAAAAAAUAAUUUCAACAAUGAACCUGGAAAUAUGAUCAAUAAUAACAACUUUACCUCUAAUCAUGAAAAUGCAAAAACAGAAAAAGGAGGAGAUAUAUUUCAAAAUGAUGAAUGCUUUUGUAUCAAGCAUUGUACAAAUUUGAAAAAUAAAGAAAAUGAAAUGGAUAAUAAAGGUAUUACUUCAAUUAACAAAAAACACUGUUUUUCACCUAAUAACGUUAUUAAUUUAGAAAAUGAAGGGUUAUAUACUGGUACAAGCUUAGGUUCAAAUAAUGUUAGCAAAAUAAAUAAUUUAUAUACAAAAGAAUAUAAAAAAGAAGAUUAUGAUAAUCAAAAUAACAACGAUAAAAUGUUUCAUUAUAAUUUAUUGUAUAAUUUAAAUGAAAAUAGUUUGAGUGAAAAUGUUAGCAAAAAUGUGAAUACUUACAUAAAAAGUGAUAAAACCAUGAGUUCUUUAAAUAUAAUGACACAAAAUACAGUAAACAAGAGUUCUAACGCAUUUAUGAAUGAAUUUCCAAGUUUGUUAAAAAAAGAUGUUAUUUAUGAAACAAAGAAAAAUAAAACUAGAGAGUCAUUAAAUUCAAAUGGAAUUGUAAAUUUUCAAAAAAAAGAAAAAAAUAUUAUUUUUUUGACAGCUCGUGUGCAUCCUGGAGAAACAAAUGCAAGUUAUGCUAUGCAUGGAUUCUUAUCUUUUAUUAUAUCAGAUAAUAUUUAUGCAAAUAUUUUACGUGAUAAUUUUAUUUUUAUUAUAAUACCAAUGUUAAAUAUUGAUGGAGUAGUACUAGGGCAUAAUAGAUAUUGUUCUAAUGGAUAUGAUUUAAACAGGCAGUGGAAUAAACCAAUAUUUUAUCUGCAUCCAACUAUAUAUGCAGCAAAAUCUUUGAUAAAAAAAAUUAGUAAAAGUCAUAAAAUUGUAUUUUUUUGUGAUUUUCAUGGUCAUUCAAGAAAGUACAAUUGCUUUUUAUUUGGAAAUUCAUAUACAAGUACGUAUAUAAAAAAUAAAAAGUUUGCAGAAAUAUUUCCUGAGAUUAUUACAGAAUCUUUGCCUUGGUUUUCACUUAAAGACACAAAAUUUAAAAUUGAAAAUGAAAAUAGAGGAAUAGCUAGAUAUAUAUGUGGCUAUGAGUUCAAUAUUGAUUGUAGUUAUACAUUAGAAAUGUCUUUAAUAGGGGUGAAAAUAAAAAAGGAUUUUAAUUUUUUGCCUAAUAUUACCAAAGACCUUUUACUUACCAAAAAUGAUGAAAUGUGCAGAAGUAAAGAAAAUAAAGAAAUGAUUCUUAACAGUUCAGGUAUUUAUGAGAUAAAUGAGAAAAAAAUUCAGAAUAACAUGGAUGAUUCUGAGAUAAAUGAGAAGACAAGUAAUAACUUAUUCCAGAAGCAUGAACAAAUUUGCAAUAAAGAAGAAAAAGAAAAAGGUACAAAAAUAAAAAUUAAUGAAACAACUAAGGAAAUUGUUGCUAAUUGUGGCAAAUGUGAUAUUGUAGAUGGUGAUAACAGUCAUUUAAAUGAAAAUUAUCAAAGAAAAAACUCAAAAGAAUUAAAUAAUACAAGCAAGAUAGAAAAUCAUGGAAAUAUAGUUGAUUAUUAUUAUGAUCCUAAUAUAUAUGAUUUUUUUUAUUAUGAUGAAAAUAUGUUUUUAAUGACUGGUAUUAGUUUUGGUAUUUCACUUUUCAAAUUUAUGAAUUUUUCGGCAUAUUAUGAAUCUUCCUUAUAUAAAGUGGCUAAUGAAAAAAAAUUAUUGAAGAGUUCGUCAUUAGCAAGAAACUUAAAAUGCAUAAAUAAUAACGAUGAAUUGGAAGGAUUGAAUGUAAAUAAAUCUAAUAAUUCUAAUGGAUUAAAACAAAUAAAUAGUAAAAAGAAAGUUAAAAUAAAGAAAAAGGAUCUUGUUGAUAACUCCCUUAAUUUUAGUGAAGUAAAAAUCAGUAAAAAUAAUUUACAAAACAUUAAUAAUAAUAAUGUUAUUAAUGAUACAGAAAAGGUGAGUAAUGUUAUUGGAGAGGAGAGAAAGAAAAAAAAAUUAGUAAAUAACGAACAGAAAUCUAAUAAUAAUUAUUUAAGUAGUACUUCAGAAAAAAACAUAAUUACUAGUAAUAAUUUGAAUAAUUAUAUUAGUAAUAAUGCUUGUUAUAAUUAUUAUUGUAAUAAUAAGAAUGGUGAUAUGCUUGCUGACAAUAAUUCUAGUAGUGCAAGUAAAUUUAUAAAAAAUUUACAUAGUCACACAAAAAAAGGAAAAAAAAUAAAAUAUAAGAAAACUUCAUACGAGAAUAAUAAGGAAUAUUUGGAGAAUACCUCUAAAAAUACCAAAAUAUAUUUAAAAGAAAAAGAAGUAAAUAACUUAAAUAUUAUUAAUAAAAAAAAGAAUGAAGAAAAAUUACCAAGUAUUAAUAUAAAGCACUAUGGAAUUAGACACACUAUUAAUUCAUUUACUGAAAAUGAUACCAAGUAUUUUAUGAAUAAAAAUAUAAAUAGUACAUAUUGUGUAAAAGAUUUUCGAAAGAUAAAAUUUUCUGCAGAAAAUAAAACUUAUUUCACAUUAAAUUCAAUUAUCCCUUCUAGAGAAAAUAUAAGAGAAUUAAAUAAAGGAGAAAAAGUACAUAUAGAUUCUUUUUUAUGUAUCAGUGAUAACAGCAAAAACAAUGAUAAUAAUUUUCAUAUUGGUAAUCACAAUAAUAAAAGCAGUGGAAACAAUAAUGAUAAUAAAAAAUAUAACAUAAACAAUGAACAUAUGAAUUAUGAAAUUUUAUUAAAUGGUAAUAUGCAUAGUAAAAGUAAAAUACAACUUGAUUCUAAAAAGUGCAAAUUUGUGAACAAGGAAAGAAAAAAUAAGAGUAGAUCGGCAACAAUAAAAAGCAAGAAGUAUAUGAAAGAAAAAGAUUUGGAUAAAGUAAAAACAACUGAAAAAAAAAAUGCAAUUUUAUCUGAUUCAUAUUUAGGUAAAAUAAAAACAAGAGAUAAAAUUACUUUAAGUGAAUAUAUUAAUAAUAAAACAUCUUAUGUAGAUAAUGGAAAUAAAAAAAUAAAAGAAAGCAUAAAAUUAUCAAGAAACAAAAAAAUAAAAAAUGAAGUAUACACAGCAGAUUGUAUGCAUACAAAAAAAAAACAAAAUGAAAUGGAAAACAAACAUAAAUGUUUCAUAAAAGGAAAUAUUAACACAAAAGAAAAGAAUAUGAAGGUAAAUAAGACGAAGAAUAAUUUAAAGAUUUGUAAAAGUUUGAGUAUUAUCAAAAUUGUUAAAACCAAGAAUAUGGAAAGUGAAAUAAAUUGUUAUUCGUUCCCAAUAUUAAAAGAUAAUGAUAAAAAUAUGCAUGUAAAAAGAAAAAAAAAAAGAAAAAAAAAAAGUUUUUCCAAUAUUUAUGUUACAUCAUUGAUUACAAAAAUGAAAAAUUAUUUAAAGUCUGAAGAAUUAUUCUAUGAUAAUAAAUAUUUUAAAAUACUAAAUUUAAAAAAAAAAAUUGAAAAGUGCUAUAAUGAAACGAAUAGUAUACAGCUUCAAAAAAUUAUUUUAAAAAAAUCACCAUUCAAAAUUGAAACAUCAAGUAAAAUGGAAAAUGUUGCAAUUAAGGAAAAAAAAAAAAAAAAAAACAGUGAAAAUCUUUAA